UCCUGUCCCUUCGUACACGGAAUAACCGCCCGCCAUUUUCCCUCUUCUCCGCCUCCGCUCCUCAACGCCGCCGUCCGCCUCGCGCCGCGACCGCCGCUGCGCGGGCCGCCUCCUCCACGCGGCCGUCUCGAGUCCUCGCUGCACCUCUUCCACGCCGGCUCCCGCCUCGCGCCGCCGCGCGGGCCGAUUCCUCCAAGCCGCCGUCCCAAGUCCUCGCCGCACUUCGUCCACGCCGCCGUCCGUCUCGCGCUGCCGUAGCCGGUUCUUACUCCAGUGCUUGUCCAACAGGCAAGAUGGGCGCUCUUCUCUCCUCGUGAGCACCUGCAGCACGGCGGCUGCUCGUGUGAGAAGGGUUAGGUUGUUGAGGGGAAGAGAAGAACACUGAACACCAGCCAAGCAGCUAAUCGUUAGGGUAACAGCAAUUAGCUCAUUCACCGCAUCGAGCUCAGCUGGUCGUGUACUAAUCCUUUUUCAAAGGGACAUGCUCCUCGUGAACAAGCACCCGUGGGCACAAACCUAGUCUCUUCUGAUUCCGAUUCCUCAAUCUUGGUUUGGUGCUCCCCCAAGAAGAUGGAUCAAGCGACGACAUCGGUUUCCUCACCUCGCAAUGGCGACAAAACGGAAUUGGAGCAACUUUCGUCUGAUCUACAGGCGCUCAAGAGUCUGUACGGGCUGCUUCACAAGGGUCCUGCAAAUGAAAAUUUAGAUGAGACAUCCAGGGCUCUACUGAUGAAGAUGCUAGAUGAUGCUACCCAGCAGACUCUCCUGAAGCAGGCAAAUAUACUAUCGGGUUCUCUGAUGUCUCCUGCACUAGAAAGGAAGCUCUCCAUCCGAUCAGAUCGCCAGACACGCGACGCCGAGCCACCCACGAGCCUGAGGCCACCGGCGUCGCCCAGCCUCACCAGCCUCCUGGCCGGUGAACGACCCAGCUGGCUUAACCCGCAGUAUUCAACUGUGUCAAGCCGAGCCAGCGGCCACGUUCAUGGCGGUCCCCUUGCAGCGGAAGAGCCCGUCCUUGCCCGCCUCGCCACCUACCGCUCGUCGAGGACUACUGCAUCUGCAUUGCUGCCACGACACCGUCCAAGCGGAGAGCAGCGGAAUUCCGGCCUCAGCCUCUACCGCUUACCCUUGGCUGCGACGUCGCGGCAUGGCACGGUGACGGGAGGCGUUCAGAACGCCGACCAACGGGACACGGCGCGUCGCACCUCCGGGCGUGGUGACCAGACGACGCUUGAGGCCAGCAACAGUCGUGGCUCGGAGCAAGCCAGACCCGGCAUGGCUGCGACAUCGCAGCAUGGCACGUUGGCCUGGGAUAUGACGCAUCGCACCUCCGGCCGUGGUGACCAGUCAUCGCCGGAGGGCAGCAUCAGCCGCAGCCCUCGCUCCGUGUCGCCGGAGGUGUCUCUGGGUCGGGCAAGGCUGCUCGACCGUAGCACGGUUCGGCACGUGGGAGCGGAAGGUUUCUCCUCGACGUGUCCUUUGGGAAGACUGGACUCCGGGCUAUCCCUGGGCAUGGUGUCGCGCCGUGGCUCGGAACGAGCCGGACGCGGCGUGGCAGCGACGUCGCAGCAUGGCACAGUGAUCGGAAGCAAUCGUCAUGCCGAGCAAUGGGACAGAACGCGGCGCACCUCCGGCCGUGGUGACCAGUCGUCGACGGAGGGCAGCAACAACCAUCACUCCAUGUCGCGGGAGAUGUCUCUGGAGUGGAAACGGCCGCAAGGCCGCAGCACGGGUCGGCGCGUGAGAGCGGAGAGCUCCUCCUCGACACGUCGUUUGGGAAGACUAGACUCCAGGCUGUCCCUUGGCAUGGCGUCGCGCCUUGGCUCCGAGCGAGCCGGACGCGGCGUGGCGGCGACGUCGCGGCAUGGCACGGUGACGGGAAGCAAUCGGCACGCCGACCAACGGGACAAGACGCGUCGCGCCUUCGCCCGUGGUGACCAGUCGUCGACGAAGGGCAGCAGCCAGCGUCGCUCCGUGUCGCGGGGGGGCUCUCUUGGUCGGGCACGGCUGCACGACCGCGCCACGAUCCGGCAUGCGGGAGCGGAAAGCUCCUCCUCCACGCGUCCUUUGAGAAGACAAGACUCCAGGUUGUCCUUGGGCAAGGCGUCGCGCCGUGGCUCGGAGCGAGCCAUUUGCGCCAUGGCUACGCCGAAACAAUCUUCCUCGAGCAACACGAUGGUCACCAUACACAGUCGCAUCAGGCCGAAUCGGGACCCCAAGGAGCACUGCCUGCGCCGAGCUGAAGAUGAUGAUGAUGAAGAGAGUACUCCGCAGCGACAGAGCACGGACGCCUCCGCUUCCAGCGCGGUCUUGUCAAGGCGCAAACCAUGGCGAACGCUGAAACGCGUCGACUCCGGCAGCAUGUACAUGAGCAGCCACAACAACUCGUCAGGCUCCGCCAUCUCGUAUCAUUCCACGAGCCCUACGGUGUUGCCGGAGUCGAGCGCUUCUGCUUCCUACUCACCGCCGCCGCUGUCGCGGCCGGGUAUUGCGCCGCCGCCGGUGUCGUGGCAGGGUAUUGCCCCGCCGAUGUCGUGGCGAGGGAUUGCUCCGUCGUCAGUGCCGUGGCGAGGGAUCGUGCCGCCGAUGUAUGCGCCUCAUGUGUCAAGAUCGAUGAGGAGGCGCCGCCGCCGCCAGGAAGUCCUGGCAAAGCGGGUGGAGCGGCUGCGGAUGCUUAAGAACAAGAUCGCCACGGUGUUCCACCACCACUACCACUACGGGCACGACCAGGAGGGUCCGUCAUCCAGCCGUGUUCCUGGCGAACAGCACCACAUGUCGCCGUGGAAGUAUCUCGGGGGAAUGCUCCACCGCACGAAAGGCCAGGAUAAGAAGUCCUCCACGAGCCGGGCGGUGGUGAGCAUGCCGGGAAAGAGGCCCGGCGGCAGCGGGAACAUGCACGCGUUAUUCGACGCGAUGCGGCAGCACUUGCGGGCCAAGCGGAAGGCACCGGCAAGCGUCAAUGUGUGGAGGCAGAUUGCCAACCGGAGCCCAGUGCAGGCUAAGAAGAUGCAUUGGUGGCAGUAGCUUAAGCCACGACACGGCAGGGGAGGGGUGCUGGCAGGCAGUAAACUACAGCGCCGCAUAGGACGUUGAAUGACAGUGUAGCUCUAGGGUUUAUUUUUCUAGUUGCCAUUAGUCCAUUACGCAGGCACUACCCGUGCGGUUCGGGUGCCCAUUUUUGUGAUCUUUGAUUAAGUUUAUGUACCACAUGUCCAUAUAUGUUCAGCUUAAUCAACUAACCACAGCAAGAUUCGGUUUAACCGAACAACAAAAUCCAAAAGUAGCUUGUGAGUGUGUCAUUGUUAGCGCGGGUGAAGGUUCAAACAACAAUAACCUUUCAAAAAAAAAAAUCAACAAUAUUAGGUUGCAAAAUGAAGCAAAGCACAGGAACGACGGCCUUUGCCAUUAUCCUUCCCUUUUACCCCAUUUCCUCACAAACUAUUUCUAUUGCUUCUGACUUCGAUCCGUUUUGGUUUUAUUUUCAAAAGAUGGAUCAAGCAAACUACACCGAUGCCCUUGUCUUUCUGAUGAACGGCUCUUCCGAUUUCACCUUCUUUGUAGUUUCUUGCCUUUUUCCUUUGGAGGAAGGGAGAGAUCUUUAAUGGAAGAUUUUGCUGCAUCUAUCAUUAUAUUUCCAUAUGCCACACAUUUCUGUAACUAGUUUUAUGCAAACAUGUGACGUGGGACGUUGUGGAUAUGAACAGGCCUUAAGCCGCUAAAGGAUGAACCUUAGUAGAUCACUGUUUAACAAAAAGAGAGUUGAUUGCCAGUAUACGUUCUAAGUUUUUGUGCACUGAAGUAUAACUUGUUAAUUCUCAUCAGCUCCAAAUGAUCACUCACAAAUCUGCUUUUGUGCGUAAAUUGUUGGAACGUAUACUUGUUAAGUCUUCGCUGCGCUACUCCAGGUAUGUUCCUGGCCCAUCAAUAGAAAAGAUUCGAAUGCUUGUACUCACAGAGGACUGAAAGCUAUGUUUGAGGAUACUCUACACCUUUUGUUGUGUCCCUGCAAUUAAUCUCUUAUUGUGCUAAGUCAGUGAAAGUCUUAGAAAUCAGCAUGGCAUUGGUGGUCAUAUUAGUUUUUUUUUUCUUGGCAGUGGAACUUAUUCUGGUUUAACAUGCUCUGCUUCAUAAUCUGGAAACUGAUACAGGAGAUCGUGUCUAUCUACCCUUCACUUUCACUUCCAACACUAUCACCUGGUGCAUCAAACCAAGUUUGCAAUGCUCUUGCACUUUUGCAGGUAAGCUUUUCCAACUAAGGGGAUUGGAGCUCAAUUUUUUUGGUUGCUGGUUGCUGAUACUGUAGAGGGAGCACAUUAAAAUUAUGGAAUACCUUUGUUGUUUAACAAUUUUUCAACUUUGUUUGACUAUUGCAGUGUGUCGCAUCGCACGCUGAGACCAGGAUCCUUUUCUUAAAUGGACUGAUAAUGUUGUUUGAAUGAACUGAUAAAUUAAUGAUAAAAAUGUUGAUUAUUAGUCCUAUCCUCUGUCUCCAUAUUGACAAAAAAAAAUCAUUUCAGCUCAUAUUCCGCUGUACCUGUACCCGUUUCUGAAUACUACCAGCAAAACAAGACCUUUUGAGUACUUAAGGCUUACUGGCCUGGGUGUCAUUGGUGCAAUGGUGCUCUUGUCAAGGUAAUUUGUGCUUGGAAGUUUACCUGAACUAGCGAAUCCAUUAUAAUGCCUCUGCCUCCAGCAUUAGAUAGGUGCGUGCUAUAUGAUAAACAGAUCUCAUCAGUAAAGAUUCAUGUUGUUCUCUUAAGCUGUUAUGUAAUUAGCACAAUAUAAUGCACAGUUUAACUUCAGGGCUAACCUGAGAUGAAUCACUAGUACUGGCAGCUUUGUUAUUUGUUGCAUUGACCAUUGAGGUUUUUUGUAUUGUCAAUUUAUGAUAUAUAAAACCAAUAUAUUAGUAUGAACCGGGAUGUUCUCUUCA